AUGGACAAAAUAAAUUUCACUAUAAACGGAGAACGCAUCACCUUGUCUGGGUCUGAAUUGUCUCCAUUGACUUCACUAAACGACUACUUGCGGAACAACCUAGGCCUUGUGGGAACUAAGGCAAUGUGCCAUGAAGGUGGUUGCGGCGCAUGUGUUGUUUCGGUAACGAUAACUCAUCCUGUGAGUAAGGAAAAACAAACUAUUUCAGUUAACUCGUGCCUAGUAGACGUCAUCUCUUGUCACGAAUGGGAGAUCACCACGAUAGAGGGGUUGGGAGGUAGAAAACAAGGUUACAAUGUGCUGCAGACUAGGUUGGCUGCAUUCAACGGCACCCAAUGUGGGUAUUGCACACCUGGCUGGAUUAUGAGUAUGCACAGUUUACUCGAGGGAUCAAAGAAAAAACUCACCACUAGGCAAAUAGAAAGAUCGUUUGGUGGUAACAUUUGCCGCUGUACUGGUUAUCGGCCUAUUUUGGAUGCCUUCAAGACCUUUGCUACUGAUGUUGAAUAUAACGAUAAAAUUAAGGAUUUGGAAGAUCUUGAUAAAUUAAAAUGUGCUAAACAAUGUUUCGAUAAGGACAAUAUUGGAGACGAUUGGUGUAUCAUAGAUAAUAAUAGUGAAUAUUUAUUAAACGUUAACAUGGAUACAAACAGAUGGUACAAGGCUUAUUCUGUUAGUGAUGUUUUCAAGAUCUUACAGAAAGAGGGAACAGAUAAUUAUACAUUAGUGGCGGGAAAUACUGGGAAAGGAAUGUAUCCAGUAGCAAGAGAACCCCGACUUUUUAUCGACAUAGCUUCGAUAAGCACGUUGAAAGACAUGCUCAUAGAUGCGAACCUAGUUCUAGGUGCAGGUCUCUCGAUUAAUGAAACCAUGGCGAUAUUUCAGGAUCAAAUGAAAAACGACGAUUUUUCGUAUUUAAAACAAUUUCACGAUCACCUAGAACUAGUCGCAAAUGUACCGGUUAAGAAUAUUGGAACAAUUGGUGGUAAUUUAGCGAUAAAAAAUGUUCACCCGUUCUUCGCCUCCGACAUUUUUGUCAUAUUUGGAACAGUCGGAGCUACCGUGACAUUGGAGGACAUGAAUUCAAAAAGUAUUGAAGUCAAUUUACCGAAAUUCUUAAAAACGGAUCUCAGAAAUAAGAUAAUUUUGAACGUGAAGAUACCACCCUUAAAUAGUAAACACUUGAUAAGAACUUACAAGGUAAUGAAUCGUGCACAAAACACACACGCUAUAGUCAACGCUGGAUUCCACUUCUAUCUAGACAAAAACCAAAACAUUUUAUCAUCAAACAUAAUCUACGGCUCCAUAAGUCCUAAGUACAAUCAUGCAAGGAGGGUCGAGGAAGCGCUCAUUGGUCUACCGUUGUUUAGAGAGGAAACUCUGCGGACAGCGCUCGUUAUAUUACAAGAGGACAUUAUACCUUUAGAGGCUGCUCCGGAACCAUCGCCAUUUUGCAGGAAGGCUAUUGCCUUGGGGUUAUUUUAUAAGGCUAUACUUUCUUUAAGUCCUUCAGUACAUCCAAGAUACAAAUCUGGAGGUGAUAUACUAUAUAGGCCUGUAUCAAGCGGUACUCAAACCUACGACACAGACAAAGACUUAUGGCCGCUCAAUCAACCGCUGCCGAAGCUGGAAGCCCUGGCUCAGUGCUCCGGCGAGGCGCUGUACUCCUGCGACGCAGCGCCGGCGCCGCGAGACGUGCACGUCGCCUUCGUACUCUCCACGAUCUGUCUCGGCGAGAUCGUCGACAUUGACGCGAGUGAAGCUUUGAAUAUUCCAGGUGUUGUGGCAUUUUUUACUGCAAAAGAUAUUCCGGGAAAGAAUUCCUUCACUCCUCAGGAAUUACCCUGGCAGAGUGCUGAUGAAGAAAUACUGGCCAGUAAAAACAUAUUGUACUUCGGCCAACCGAUUGGCUUAAUUGCGGCAGUAACAAGAAAGUUGGCUAUCAAGGCUGCUGAUUUAGUUAAAGUAUCGUACACAAAGUACAAUACAAAGCCAGUUUUAAGCAUAGCAGACGCCCUGAACGCUCCGGAUAAAGAUAAACGGCUUCGCAAGGAUAUAACAGUCGAUGCCAAAGAUAAAGGGAACGACACAACCUAUACAAUCAAAGGACAUUUCAACAUCCCCGAUCAGUAUCAUUUCACAAUGGAGACGCAAAGCUGUAGAGUAGAACACACGCCACGCGGAUUACACGUACAGUCGGCGACACAGUGGAUGGACUUUAUACAAAUUGCCGUAUCAAAAUCAAUGGAUAUGCCGUUGAACAGCGUGAAGGUGUCGGUGAGAGCUGUGGGUGGCGGGUAUGGCGGCAAGGGCUCGCGCUCGGCGCUGGUGGCGUGCGCAUGCGCGCUGGCCGCGCGCCGCCUCGGCCGCAACGCCGCGCUCGCGCUGCCGCUCGCCCACAACAUGCUCGCCAUCGGCAAACGGCAGCCCGCGACCUUCCUCUACGAGGUGAGCGUAAACGACGAUGGUAUUAUUCAACAAGCGGAUGUAUCGUUUUACUCAGACUGUGGUAUAACAUACAGCGAAUCGCCUGUUAACACUAUUGCCUCGGUUAUGACAAAUUUGUAUGAAUCGUCUAGAUGGAACAUCAAAGGGUACAGCGUACUUACUGACAAACCUAGCAAUACUUGGUGCAAGGCUCCAGGAACGACCGAAGCGAUAGGGUUCAUGGAACAUCUAAUGGAACGAAUUUCAUUCGUAACGAAAAAGGACUCAAUCGAUGUACGAAAAGUUAAUAUGGCGUCCAAGCACAGCCCUCUAAUAGAUAUGAUUGAUACUUUAAAAAAGGAUUCUAGUUACGAUGACCGAAGAGCUGAAAUCGAGAAAUAUAAUAGAGAAAACGCUUGGAAAAAGAAAGGUUUAAAGCUAUCCAUUAUGAACUUUCCCAUUGAAUAUUACGGAGUUUUCUCAGUCACAAUUUCUGUUUACCACGGUGAUGGGACCAUAUUGAUCUCCCAUGGAGGAAUUGAAAUGGGUCAAGGUAUUAAUACGAAGGUUGCUCAAGUUUGUGCAUACACUUUGAACGUUCCAUUAAAUACGGUGGAAGUUAAGGAUUCUGACAGCUUCGUAACUCCUAACAAUAUGGCUAGUAAUGGAAGCAUUACUAGUGAGUGUAUAACGUUUGCGACUAUUAAGGCGUGUAAGGAAUUGUUGACGCGGUUGGCUCCAGUAAAGGAAAAGCUUAAUGAUCCAAAUUGGUUCGAAAUCGUUAAAGCUGCAUUUGACCAAGGAAUAAACCUACAAGUGAGCGCGAUGACGGAACCUACGGAAUUGCCCGAAUACACAGUUUACGGAGUAUGCGCCGCGGAAGUGCACCUAGAUGUACUGACUGGAACACAUAUACUGAGCAGAGUGGAUAUAGUCGAAGAUACCGGCCGCAGUCUCAAUCCAGAUGUUGAUGUGGGACAAAUCGAAGGAGCCUUUACAAUGGGCCUAGGUCUUUGGACGACGGAGCAGUUGAUCUACGAUCCCUCGGGCCAACUAUUGACGAAUCGUACAUGGUCGUACAAACCACCCGGCGCCUGUGAUAUACCAGUGGAUUUUCGCGUCUCCAUCACAAGAAAUCCCGUCAGUAAUAUUGGUGUUUUGAGGUCUAAAGCGACGGGUGAACCAGCUUUAGUGAUGGCAGUAGUUGUCACGUUUGCAUUACACGAGACUAUUUUUGAAGCCAGAAAGGAAUAUGGCUAUGACGAUACGGAAUGGAUACAUGUCGAUACACCUUACUGCGUGGACAAUGUAAUAAAAGCUAUUUCGCCAAAUAUAAAAAGCUACGCGUUGAGAAAAUAA